AUGGCUGCUGCGCAGACGAUGCUGGAGCAUCUGGGCAAGGCUGGCCUGCCCACCGGCAUGCAAAGCGCAAUUGCUGAAGCAAUUUCUGCCAAGGUUGCAGCACCAGAUGCGGAGGCCGCUGACCCAGAAGCACGGGCCCAGAAGCCGAAAAAAGGCCAGCAGUGCCACAAGUACCUGCACCACUUCUUGUGCGAGUCGGACUGGAAAAGUCUGCAAGGCUCUGUUGCCUUCCAAGCAAAACAGCAGACGCUGGCGAAGCGUCUUGUGGCCAUGGGCCUCACCAACCCGACUGAGAGUACGUACGUGCUCGGAGUUGCUGUGUUGUACCUGUCACAGCACGCAGGGCCAGCAGAGACCCUGCAGGUCUCACCGCAGGACGGCUUGAAUACGCUGGAGGAGCUCAAGGUAAAACUUCGGGCUUGGGCUAAGCGGGGAACCCACUCUGGGUUGUCAGAAUACCCAAAAGCACCGCAAGAGCUGCCUCAACAGCUGUACAACGCUGCGUUUGCUGUGGAAGGCCCGGCAAGCUGCCCGUUGGACGAGGACCAGCUGCUGGCACUUGCAGACUGGCUGCCCGCACGUAAGUCGAAAGCUACGCUGCUUGCAACAAGGCGUGCGCGAAGCCUGUUUGAGGGCAUGCCGAAGGUCACUCCCAAGCAGCACCUGCAGAGGAACUCCCUGCCGCAGCUGGCCUUGCCUGCCCCAGAAACCGCAGCUGCGCCAGAAGCCGAAGAGUCCGUGGACCGCAGGGCCGAACUCGUCAACCAACACUUGCAGAACAAGCGCAAGGGUCCGAGCGACAAGGACGAGAAGCCGAGCAAAACUGCCAAGGUGCCCAAAGCAGCCUCCAAAAGGAAGGCAGAGCCGAAACCCAAGACGGCCACCAAGGCCAAGAGCGCAACGAACAAGCUGCCGACAAAGGGCAGCACGGAGGCACGCGACCCCAUCACUCUGGAGAAAUGCUCCGUGUACACAUGCCCGAAGAGCCAGAACUGGCGCGUGAAGCUGCAUGGAGAGAGAAAGGACAAAGCCUUCUCUUGGAAGUCUGGAACGACCGAGGCAUGGACCCGGCUUAAGGAAUAUGUGCAAGGCUUGUAG